AUGAAUGAGAAGUAUCUUUUGGAAACCUUUGGCCACCGUAUUGUUCAUGAUUCAGGCUUUCCUUUACGGUCUAAACUUAAAGUUGCUAUCAAAAAUGGAGAAUGGAAUUGGCCUCCAGCUCGUUCUGAUGCUUUGGUUGUAAUUCAAAGCCAACUAUUUGAGGUUGAACUUGGAGAUACUGAUUUAGCUAUUUGGAAUGCUAAACAUGGACAAUAUACAUGUGCUGAUGCUUGGGACAAGCUUAGAGAGGUGCACCCGGCUGUUGGAUGGUGGGAAUUGGUCUGGUUUCCAUCCUCUAUCCCUAAACAUUCUUUUUUUAUGUGGCUUGUUUUCCAGAAUGCAUUAGUCACAAAGGAGAGAAUGUGUGGAUGGGGUUACACUGGAUGCACUUUGUGCUUAUUAUGUCGUGGCGCCCAAGAGAACCGAGAACAUUUUUUCGUUAGGUGUAGGUUCAGUAGUCGAAUCUGGACAAAUAUCAUGUUCGAGUGUUCCAUUCCAAAUGCUCCUUUGGAUUGGGAUGCUAUUGAAGCUUGGGGUUUGAAGGUGCUAAGGGGAAGAGGUGUUAGAGCAACUUUGGGGAGGCUGUGUUUGGGAUCCACUGUGUAUAAUAUUUGGAAACAAAGGAAUGCUCUUCUGCAUAAUUCCUCACCCAAAACUGAAGAAUCUCUUAUGGAUUGUAUUAGAUGGGAAGUUCGCUCUAGGCUGGUGGCUAAUGGGCAGUUCAAGGAUCUCAACCAUACCUUAGUAUUCCGCUGGAAACUGCAUUCCUCUUUUUAG